AUGGGUCGCCCAUCACACAGCACCGACACGGACGCGACGGCCUCCAGGUCCUCCAUCUCCACGGCCAAGCCCCCCCAGGAGCUGGAAGGGGCCUCGACCAACACACAGACAGUCAGCGAGAGGGCGAUGAACCGGCGCGUCAACAGGAAGAUGGACAUUGCCCUUCUCCCGCUACUUUCCCUCCUCUACCUGUUCAACGGUCUGGAUAGGGGCAACGUGGGGAACGCCCAGACCCAAGGGUUUACCAACGACAUUGGCGCUGUGCCCGACGAUCUGAACCUCGCCGUCUCCCUAUUCUUCAUCACCUUCAUCCUGUUCCAGCCGCCCUCUGCGGCUAUUGGGAGAUGGUUAGGAGGCAAACACUGGAUUCCCGUCAUGAUGCUAGGCUGGGGCUUUGUCACCUUGGGGCAGGCGUUUAUCAAGGGCCGUGGUGGGUUCCCUCUCCUGACCUGUUGGUUCUUUAUCGCGUUGACGAGUCCCCUAUUAAUUUUUGCGUCGUUGGUCGCAGGUUCCCUAAUCGCAACCCGCCUCCUGAUCGGCGCCUUCGAAGCCGGAUUCUACCCCACCGCCGUGGCAUACCUCUCGUUCUUCUACAGCCGAUACGACCUCGCCGUGAGGGUCGGGCUCUUUUACGGCCAAUAUGCCGUUGCGGGCGCCUUUUCAGGGGCCAUCUCAUACGGUGUCUUCCACCUGAACCACGGCCCCCUCAAAAACUGGCAAUACCUCUUCAUCAUCGAAGGCGCGCUGACGGUGCUCUUCGGCCUCGUCGCGUGGGUCCUCCUCCCCGUCGGUCCCGGCUCCGCCUGGUUCCUGACCCCGGCGGAGCGUCGGUUCGCCGCGGAUAGGAUCCGGGCCGACAACGCCCUCUUCGUCGAGCACACGUACGACUCGGACGGCUUGGAGAAGGACCGGCUGACGAAGCGCGACUUCGUCGAGACGGCCCGGGACUGGAAGUUCUGGUACGUGCUGGCCUUCAACAUCUGCGCCAGCGUGCCCGGCCAGGCCUUUUCCGUGUUCCUACCGCUCGUCGUGCAGGGCCUGGGCUACUCAUCCAUCGAGGCCAACUUGAUGUCUGUUCCGCCCUAUGUCUGCGGUGCGGUUGGACUAUACUGCUUCACACUGAGCUCUGAUUACCACAAGGAGCGUGGUUACCACAUCCUCGGAGGCAUCAUGAUUGCCCUCAUCGGCCUGAUCGCAACUGUCACGGUCGAGUCACACGGUGGGAAGUACGCGGCGCUCUGCGUGCUUCUCCUUGGGAGCUACGUCGCCGCACCCCUGACGGUGGCGUGGCUGAGCGGAAACACACCCGAGCCCGGCAAGCGGUCCCUCGUCCUCGGCCUCAACGGCUUCGGCAACAUCUCGGGCAUCAUCGGCGCGCAGCUGUACCGCGCACAGUACAAGCCCUACUACAGGAUACCCUUCUACGCGACCCUUGGCUUCGUGGCGGCUGCGCUUGUGGGAUACCUGUCAUACCGGUUCACGCUCGCCGCGGUCAACCGUAAGAAGCUGGAGAUCAUCCGGCACAAGUCGCUGGAGGACAUUGAGAAGGAGCGCGUGGACGGGACACGUUACGCCGACAAGAAGUGGACAUUCAUUUAUGGACUCUAA